AUUGAAUUGAAAGAAGAGAAAGCUCCCCUCCUCAGCCCACACACUCUCUCUCUAUUUUAGACUACACUGUCUUGUGCUUUGCCUUAAGUGUCAUAUUUGUCUCAUUUCUUGGUCCACUGUGUUUCUGAGCCUUUGUUUACCUGUACGAUGCACUAUUUUAUGUUUAUUGAUUUCACCAAUAAAGAAUGUCAGUGAAGAGUGAUUCUUGGAGGAGAAAUGGGUAUUUAGGUCUUGGUGUUUGGGAGUUGCCAGAGAUUGGAAACACUUGUAAACGGUCAAUCUGUGAUCUUUUUUCUUCGUAAGAAUUGAAGAAAAGUAAAAAAGCCGCCAUCUUUGGGAAAGUUAAGAAAUUUGGGAGGUUGAGUUGUAGAAGCAGAGUAGUACAUGAAGGAGCAGCGAAACAAUGAGAGAUGAAAAUUUCAAGAAAAGCAAGCUUUCUUGGUCAAAGAAAUUGGUCAGAAAGUGGUUCAACAUCAAGGGAAAAACUGAUGCAUUGCAGACUGAUGAAGUUGUUAAUGGAGCAGGUUGUGAUGAGUGGAGAAAUAGCUUUUCUGAGAGAGAGCCAUGGACAUUCAAGAAGAGUAGAACUGAAAAAUCAAGCCGGGGUGCGGAAAAGCCUCGACAGAGGAGAGAUGACGUUGAUCAUCAUCCUCAGGUCAUAAACGUCCAGAAUCAUAGCGUGUUUGUGGCUACUUGGAAUGUGGGAGGCAAAUCUCCAUCAAGUGACUUGAUUCUUGAUGAUUGGCUUCAUUCUGCACCUCCAGCUGAUAUUUAUGUUCUUGGAUUUCAAGAAAUAGUUCCACUAAACGCUGGCAAUAUUUUGGGGGCCGAAGACAACGGUCCUGCCAAAAAAUGGCUAUCUUUGAUCCAGAAGACUCUUAACAACAGCCAGAGCAGUGGAGGGUCGUACACCCCAUCCCCCCUUCCCAACCCAAUCGCAGAAUGGAAUGCUGAUUUUGAGGGGUCAACCAAACACAAGGCAUCAUCUUUCUAUCCACGGCGUUCUUUCCAAACACCACAUUGCUGGAGGACGGAACACGAUACCUCAAUGCCCCGCUUGGACAGACGCUACAGUGUUUGUGACCGUGUGAUAUUUGGUCACCGUCCCAGUGACUCCUCAUCCUCUAGUCAAAGGCCCAGUGACUACUCCUCUGCUCAUAGGCAAAGUGACUACUCGGGUCAUAGGCCUAGUGACUACUCCUCUGCUCAUAGGCCUAGUGACUACUCCUCUGCUCAUAGGCAAAGUGACUACUCAUGGGGACAAAGGCCCAGUGACUUCUCACGAUGGGGCUCAUCAGACGAUGAUUGUGGGCCCGGGGAUUCACCCAGUACUGUGCUGUUUUCACCCUCUGUUAACGGAGGAGGAGGGUGUGUACCAAUGGAAGAGGGGUAUAGAAUGCCAAGGAAUAACUCAAGGUACUGUUUGGUUGCAAGUAAACAAAUGGUUGGGAUUUUUCUCACAGUUUGGGUUCGUAGUGAACUCAGGGAACAUGUUCGGAAUAUGAAAGUUUCAUGUGUUGGCAGAGGACUGAUGGGCUACCUUGGAAAUAAGGGAUCAAUUUCGGUCAGCAUGUCAUUGCACCAAACAAGCUUUUGCUUUGUGUGCACACACUUAACGUCGGGUCAGAAAGAAGGCGAUGAGUUGCGCAGAAACUCUGAUGUUAUGGAAAUCAUAAAGAAAACAAGGUUUCCUCCCGUGAAUGGCAUGAGUGCUGAAAAAACCCCAGAAACCAUCCUUGAGCAUGACCGUGUCAUUUGGCUGGGUGAUCUGAACUACCGAAUUGCACUUUCUUUCCGGUCUGCUAAAGCACUAGUUGAGAUGCAAAAUUGGAGAGCUUUGUUAGAGAAAGAUCAGCUCCGGAUAGAACAAACACGAGGCCGGGUCUUUGCUGGCUGGAAAGAAGGAAAAAUAUAUUUCCCGCCAACGUAUAAAUAUUCACGCAAUUCUGACAGAUAUGCUGGAGAUGAUAUGCAUCCAAAGGAGAAGCGUCGAACGCCUGCCUGGUGUGACCGGAUCUUGUGGUACGGAGGUGGUCUUCAGCAAUUGUCAUAUUCCCGCGGAGAAUCAAGAUUCUCGGAUCACCGGCCCGUAUCCAGUUUGUUUUCUGCUGAGGUGGAGUCCAUCCCGGCCCGUUUAAGGAAAAGCAUGAGUUGUUCAAACACAAGGAUUGAAGUAGAGGAACUGUUGCCUUACUCACAUGGUUAUACAGAAAUCUGCUUCUUUUGAGGAUAGGAUGGGAAGGAUAUUAAUCCUCAAUUUUUGGUGUAGAUAUUCAAGAUUACUUUUGAUGGCUAACCAAACACAGCUCUAAUGACAACAUCCCAUUUAUUUCCAGUUACUACAAAUAACAUUUGAAGUAGGAAACAUUAUAGCAGCUUUUAACAUCUCCCACUAUGGUUGCCCCAUUUGGACUCCACUUGGCAAUCAUUUUUCCUCUGCUAUAGUUAGGAUUAACUGAGCUGGUUAAAAAGGCUGCCAAGUGGGUAAUUGACAGUUAUUGUGUUUCAGGAUUUCUUUGUUUUUUUUCCUUUUCCCUUUUUGGCUAGGAUUGAGAUUUAGAUAUAGGAAGAGAAUGUGAAAGAAGAUGGUGAAAAUAAUCAUUCUUUCUUUGAGGGUUUUUGGAGUUUUUUCUCAUUUUUUGACCUUUUAUUUUUGUUGUUGUUUCUGAUGCUUUGAGAAGAGAAGAUGUGGUAUGUAUACUCCAUGAUAAUUGUAACCCUGACAGAGAAAUUGUAAUCUAAUAUAGUACUUUUUUUUUCAUUCUAAUUCUGAUAUAUAUUGCCAAUGAUUUUUAC